CUGGUAGCGGCGCCCCCGCCCGCGCUUCCUGCCCGCAGCGAAUGGAACCCGCGGCGCCCGCGACGACACCGUAAAACCUUAGAUCAGUGAGAAUGCACCAUGGCAAUGGCCCUCAGAAUGCCCAGCGCCAGCUGCAGAGAUCCAGGUCCUUCACGGGCAGCGAGGGAGAAGAGCAACAGGCGAAUCUACCCCAGUCCCCCGCUGCCUCCUUCGCUCCCUCCGCGAGCCCCUCGGCGCCGCAGUCGCCCAGUUACCAGAUCCAGCAGUUCAUCAUGAGCCGGAGCCCCGUGGCCGGGCAGAACGUGAACAUCACCCUGCAGAAUGUGGGCCCGGUGGCCUCGGGCAACCAGCAGAUCACGCUCACCCCGCUGCCGCUGCCAAACCCCACGUCCCCCAGCUUUCAGUUCAGCCCCCAGCAGAGGCGCUUCGAGCAUGGCUCCCCCUCGUACAUCCAGGUCACCUCUCCGCUGCCCCAGCAGGUGCAGUCGCAGAGCCCCACCCAGCCCAACCCGGUGCCGGUGCAGGCGCUGCCCAACGUCCGCGCGGGCACCCCCGGGCCCGGCCUGGGCAUGUGCAGCCAGAGCCCCACCAGAGGCUUUGUUGAUGCCAGCGUGCUGGUGAGGCAGAUCAGCCUGAGCCCUUCCAACGGCGGCCACUUUGUGUACCAGGAAGGACCGGGGAUAGCACAGAUUGCUCAAGGAGCCGCUGCCCAAGUGCAGCUGCCAUCGUCCGGCCCGCCCGGCACCGUGAGGGAGCGCCGGCUCUCGCAGCCGCACUCGCAGUCCGGGGGUACCAUCCACCACCUCGGCCCUCAGAGCCCCGUGGCCAGCGGGGCAAACAUGCAAUCCUUGACCAGCCCAGGCCACAUCACGACGACCAGCUUGCCACCCCAAAUCAGCAAUAUUAUCCAGGGGCAGCUAAUGCAGCAGCAGCAGCAAGUGCUUCAAGGGCAGCAGCUGAGUAGACCCAUUGGAUUUGACAGGACUUCUGGUGGAUUGAUAGCAGGAGUUGGAGGACCGAGCGCGUUUGGAAUGACAUCACCUCCUCCUCCCACGAGUCCUUCACGGGCCACCGUGCCACAGGGGCUGUCGAGUCUUCCUCUCACUCCUACAGCUAGCACAGCAGUGAAAAAACAGCCCAAAAAGUUGGAGGAGAUUCCUCCUGCCAACCAAGAAACUGCUCAAAUGAGAAAGCUAUGUUUGGAUCAUCACCACAAGCAGAUGGAAAUUCUUAAGGAAACUUUUAAGGAGUGUUUGAUUGAACUGUUUUUCCUGCAACAUCUUCAAGGGAAUAUGAUGGACUUUUUAGCUUUUAAGAAGAAGCAUUGUGUUCCUCUGCAAGCAUACCUGAGGCAAAAUGACUUGGAUCUGGAGGAGGAAGAAGAGGAAGAACAAUCUGAGGUCAUCAAUGAUGAGCAAACGCAUACAGGGACUCCGGUGACGGGGACUGUGAGCACCAUAGAGAUUGAAGCUUUUAAGAGACAGCAGCAGGCCCUUGCACCAGCAGAUUCGUCUAAGAGACCACGAAUUGAAGUGGGCCGUCAUGGGAUGGUUUUUCAGCACCCGGGUGUGGCUUCAGGAGUUCCUCUUCAACAGCUAAUGCCAACGGCACAAGGAGGGAUGCCUCCCACGCCGCAGACGGUGCAGCUGACGGGGCAGAAGCAGAGCCAGCAGCAGUACGACCCCUCCAAGGGCCCCCCGGUGCAGAACGCGGCCAGCCUGCACACGCCGCCGCCGCAGCUGCCCGCGCGCCUGCAGCCCGCCAGCGUCCCCGUGGCGUCACUGCCCGCCGCCCUGCAGCUCCCACAGCAGCAGCAGCAGCAGCCCCAGCUGGUGGAGCCUCCAGCCCAGCCCCAGAUCCAGGUGAAGAUCCAGCCCCAGAGCGUGCCCCUGACGGCCGCCCCGCUUCCAGCGCCGCUGCAGCAGCAGGUGCCACCGGCCAUCCACGUGCAGGGACAGGCGCCUGGCCAAGUGUCACAGCCACAAGCUGCCAUACAGCAGCAGACUGUGACUCUGACACGGCCAUCUGCAGAUCCUGCUCAGAGUUCUCAGCGUCUUGCAGCAAAUCCACUGCCACCUACCUCAUCCAUCGCCCCAGCAGCGAUCCCAGGCACAGCACCACCUUCUCCAUACCCAGUGCAAACAAACAGGACCUCUCCAGCCACCACCAAGUCCCUGUCUCCUAUUGCAUCCAAGCCUCCUGGCUUAGCAGUAGCAGCAGCAGCAGCACCUAAAACACAAAGUCCAGCUCAGAAUGCAGCGGUGUUGCCACAGGAAAACUCUCAAGACAAGCUGGCUGAGCAAGUCAAGCUGGAAAAUCAAAUCCACCAGCGGAUAGCAGAACUGAGAAAGGAAGGUUUAUGGUCCCCCAGGCGACUGCCUAAACUCCAAGAGGCUCCAAGACCAAAAUCCCACUGGGAUUAUUUGCUGGAAGAAAUGCAGUGGAUGGCAACUGAUUUUGCCCAGGAGAGAAAGUGGAAGAUGGCAACUGCUAAGAAGAUGGUAAGAACUGUGGCUCGUUACCAUGAAGAAAAGAAACUUAACGAAGAGCGAGCUAAAAGGGAGGAACAGAACAAACUGAGGAGGAUUGCAGCAUCCAUUGCUAGAGAAAUAGAGUAUUUCUGGUCUAACAUUGAGCAGGUUGUUGAAAUUAAACUGCAAAUUGAAUUUCAAGAGAAAAGGAAAAAAGCUUUGAAUUUAAAGAGAUUUUCAAGGAAAGGUAAGGAUGCAAAGGAAGACCUUUAUUUGGAAAAAGAAAGUGAAAUGGGGGGUUCAUCAUCUGGAAGGAAAAGAAAGGCAAGCACAUCUUUGACUGAUGAGGAGGUUGAAGAUGAAGAAGAAACAAUUGAAGAGCAAGAAGCUAAAGAGGGAAACAUAAACCAUCAAACUGAAUUGUCUAAUCUAGCCAAAGAAGCUGAAUUGCCUCUGGAAGAUUUGGUAAAGAUGUAUGAAGGUGCCUUUGCAGAAAAUUUUCACUGGCCCCAGCCAAAGCCUGACAGUGAAGAGGAGAGCAGUGAGGAAGAAAUGGAAGACCACAUGUCUGAUAGGGAAAGUCCCCAGAAAGAAAUUGUCCUCAUAGACUCCCUUCUCACCAUUGAUCAGUACAAGGUCAUGGACAGGUCAAGUCCUCCCAAGAAGAACAUGAGAGACAUAGCAGAAGUGGCUGCUGCAGCAGAGAUGUUGUUACCUAAAGGCAGCUCCAGGAUAACAACAGCAGUAAAAUACAACACUCCAUCACUGCUGUAUGGGUCUCUCAGAGAAUAUCAGAAGAUUGGGCUGGAUUGGCUGGCAAAGCUGUACAGGAAGAAUCUCAAUGGCAUCCUGGCAGAUGAGGCAGGGCUUGGAAAAACAGUGCAAAUUAUUGCCUUUUUUGCCCAUUUGGCUUGUAAUGAAGGGAACUGGGGUCCUCACCUUGUUGUUGUCCGGAGCUGUAACAUACUGAAGUGGGAGCUGGAAUUGAAACGCUGGUGCCCAGGCUUGAAAAUACUUCUCUACUUUGGGAGCCAAAGAGAACUUAGGGCAAAAAGACAGGAAUGGACAGAACCCAACAGCUUCAAUGUGUGCAUCACUUCCUACAAGCAGCUGUUCAAAGGCCACACAGCAUUCAUGAAAAUGAGAUGGAAAUAUUUAAUAGUAGAUGAGAUGCAGCAAAUCAAGAAUAUGACUGAGAAACACUGGGAGGCACUUUUCAAUCUCCGCAGCCAGCAUCGUUUACUUCUGAUAGACACUCCUUUGCAUAACACACUGAUGGAGCUGUGGACCAUGGUGCAUUUUUUGAUUCCGGGAAUUUCCAGACCUUACCUGGAUUUUCCAGUAAAAGCACCUAAUGAGGAAAACCAGGAUUACUGCCAUAAACUGGUCAUCAGGUUGCACAGAAUGAUUCAGCCAUUUAUUUUGAGGAGAUCAAAGAGGGAUGUUGAGAAGCAGCUCACAAAGAAGUACGAGCACGUGCUCAAGUGCCGUCUGUCCAGUCGACAAAAAGCCAUGUAUGAGGAUGUCAUACUGCAACCAGGAACCCAGGAAGCCCUCAAAAGUGGGCACUUCAUCAGUGUCCUGCACGUCCUGAUGCAGCUGCAGAGGAUCUGUAACCACCCUGAUCUGAUAAACCCCCGGCUCUCCAGCUCCUCUUAUGUAUCAGAAACCCUGGAGUACAGAACAGCCUCUCUGGUGCUGCGAGCCCUGGAAAGGGAUAUUUGGAAGGAAUCGGACCUGUCACUUUUUGAUCUCAUUGGAAUGGAAGACAAAAUGACUCAUUAUGAAGCACAAAUGUUGCCAAAACAGAAGGUUACUAGAAAGUUGAUUGAAGAAAUCUACAGCUCCCCUCCACCACCAGCGAGGCCCAACCCAGUGAAGCUCAAACCAAGCAGGUUGUUCCAGCCCGUGCAGUAUGGUCAGAAGCCCGAGGGCAGGACAGUGGUUUUCCCAAGCACUCAAGUGCAGCGCACGGUGACCACAGCAACGGUGACCCAGCAGGGACAGGUUCGAGGCAGAUCCCCCAUAGCCACGGUGUCUUCAAAUCAAGCUGCAGCAGCACAGUUUCAGACAACUCAGGCUUCCACCAGUGCUCCAAGACACCAGCCCGCAGCGACCUUCACCACAGCAACUAGCGCAGCCAACCCUGUGAAACCGCGGGGCCAGAGCGCGGCGCCGGCCCCGCAGCCGGGCCAGCCGCAGGCACAGCCACAGCCACAGCCCCCCCCGCACACCAUCCAACAGAGUGUGCUGCCUCAGAGGCUCGUACUGACCUCUCAGGCCCAGGCACGGUUGCCUAGUGGUGAGGUAGUAAAAAUAGCCCAGCUGGCUUCUAUAGCAGGAGCACAAGGCAGGAUUGCUCAGCCAGAGACCCCAGUGACUCUGCAGUUCCAAGGGAACAAGUUCACCUUGUCACACAGCCAACUCCGCCAGCUCACUGCAGGGCAGCCCCUGCAGCUACAAGGAAGUGUCCUUCAGAUUGUGUCAGCCCCUGGGCAGCAGUACCUGAGGCCUCAGGGCCCUGUGGUCAUGCAGACAGUUUCCCAAGCAGGAACUGUGCAGAAUGCCCUGAAUGCUUUAGGAAACCAGCACCAGGCAGGUGGCCCAGCUUCCACUGCAGUCACACAGCAAGUUUGUAUUCCAGGUAGAGCUGCAGUUACUAACUUGCCAUCUGGUGACAUGGGAGCAGUGUUAAAACCAGCACCUUUGCAUGGACAGUCACAGGAGACGUUUGAGGAGAAGAACCGGCUCUUGAAGGAGCGCCUGGACCGGAUCUUCUCGGGCAACGAGCGCCGCUGCUCGCGGGCGCCGGUGUACGGCCGGGACGUGCUGAGGGCUUGCUCCCUGGCUGGGGACACCAAGGCCUCCCAGCUGCCUUCCAGUCAGGCCAACAGCUGGAGGUGGGCUGGCUUUGUCAACUGCUGCCUUUCCUCAAGUGCCUGCGGAGGCCCAAGUAACCCCUUGAGGGAAAUGAUCCUGGGGUUGGUUCAGCAACAGGAAUCUCUAAAGGAUCUUGUUGACAGGGCUCUCUUCGUGUUGCCAGCUGCAGUUGCUGCUCCCCCAUGUUUCUAUGUAGCAAAUCCUCCCCCUUCAUACAGUCACAGACUGAAACUCCUUAAGCACAGCCUGAGGCAGAAGGCAGCUCCACACUUGCAUCAGUUGCAGCAGCUGACAACUCCUCACUUGCUGCAGUUCCCUGACCUCCGGCUGGUGCAGUACGACUCAGGAAAAUUAGAAGCUCUUGCUGUGUUGCUUCAGAAGUUGAAAUCUGAAGGGCGUCGUGUGCUGAUUUUGUCACAGAUGAUUCUGAUGCUGGACAUACUGGAGUUGUUCUUGAAUUUCCAUUUCCUCACCUUUGUGAGGAUUGAUGAAUAUGCCAACCAGGAACAACGUCAGGAGCUGAUGAAGAUUUUCAACAGAGACAAGCGCAUUUUCUGUGCCAUCCUCUCCUCUCACAGCCGUUCCACAGGAGUCAAUCUUGUCGAGGCAGACACUGUUGUGUUCUAUGACAAUGAUCUGAACCCAGUGAUGGAUGCAAAAGCUCAGGAGUGGUGUGACAGAAUUGGGAGAUGUAAAGAUAUCCAUAUAUACAGGCUUGUCAGUGGUAAUUCUGUGGAAGAGAAACUUUUGAAAAACGGCACAAAAGACUUGAUCAGAGAAGUGGCUGCUCAGGGAAAUGACUAUUCAAUGGCCUUUUUAACACAGCAAACAAUUCAGGAAUUGUUUGAGGUUCAUUCUCCUAUGGAGGAUUCUGGAUUUAGAGUGAAAGCAGAAGAAUUUGUAGUACUUUCUCAAGAGCCGUCUCCAGCAGAAAAUAUUUCACCUAAAGUUGCAAGACCAUUCAUAGAGGCCCUCAACAGCAUUGAGCGGGAGGAUGAGGAGUCAAAUGAUCACAUACAAGAAACAGGAUCUGAGUCAAGCAUUGAACCUUUAAUCUCAGAGCUCUGUGAGACAAAAUACAAUGAAGAGCCCUCACAGCUGCAGGAGUUAGUUGCUGUUGUGGAUCAGCUGACUCCAAUUGAGAAGUAUGCUUUGAAUUAUCUGGAGCUCUUCCACGGUUCAGUUGAUGACAAUGAGCCACGGUUGAGUGAGAUGGAACUGAAAACUGCAAAGAAAGCCUGGGAAGUCCAGCAUAUGAAGGAGUUAAAGGAAAGAGAGCAAAAAAUGCUUUGGGAGGAUGAAGAGGAGCUUCUCACCUACACUCGGGAGGAUGCAUACAACAAAGAAUAUGUCUAUGAAGGUCCAGAUGGACAAACUGAAAUUAUGCCACUCUGGACUCCUCCUACUCCACCUCAGGAUGACAAUGAUAUCUACAUAGAUUCUGUUAUGUGCCUGAUGUAUGAUACCACCCCUAUUCCAGAGUCAAAAUUGCCUCCAGUUUAUGUCAGGAAGGAGCGUAAACGACACAAAACAGAUCCCUCUGCAGGUAGAAAGAAGAAGCAGCGUCAUGGGGAGACAGUUAUCCCACCUCGUUCGCUCUUUGAUCGAGCGACUCCAGGAAUGUUGAAAAUGCGCCGGGAGGGCAAAGAGCAAAAGAAGAACAUCUUGUUGAAACAACAGACACAGUUUGCAAAGCCUUUGCCAACUCUUGUCAAACCAGCUACUGAGGCUGGACAGGAUAAUCCAGAGUGGUUGAUCAGUGAAGACUGGGCCCUUCUGCAGGCAGUGAAGCAGCUGCUGGAGCUUCCUUUAAACCUUGCUGUUGUGUCACCAGCACACACUCCCAACUGGGACCUGGUCAGUGAUGUUGUUAACUCCUGCAGCAGAGUCUAUCGCUCGCCCAAGCAGUGCCGCAACCGCUACGAGAAUGUCAUAAUCCCGAGGGAGGAAGGAAAGCUAAUGUACGAAGCUAAUCCUAAAAAGAAGACAAAAAGUAUUUAUAAGACUAAAAACAGUCGCCCACUUCGUACCAAUCAGAUCUAUGCUCAAGAUGAGGGUGCAACCCACACACAGCUUUAUACUAAUCAUUUUGAGAUGAUGAAAAUGAUUGCAGGGAAAAGAAGUCCACCUAUCAAACCUCUACUUGGCAUGAAUCCUUUCCAGAAGAAUCCAAAGCAUGCAUCAGUGCUUGCUGAAAGUGGAAUCAACUAUGAUAAGCCCCUCCCUCCGAUUCAAGUCGCGUCCCUCCGAGCAGAGCGCAUUGCCAAAGAGAAAAAGGCGCUGGCGGAGCAGCAGAGGGCCCAGCAGCAGACGGGCCCCCAGCCCCAGCAGCCCCAGGCGGGCCAGCAGCCCCCCCAGCAGCCCCCCGUGCAGCAGGCCCAGCCACAGGCACAGGCACAGGCACAAGCACAGGUAGUUCAGCAGCCACAGGCAGUGGUGCAGACUGCAGUCACUACUGUGGCCAACACAGCAGUAUUGGCAGGCACCAUCAAAACAGCAGUGACGGGGACGAGCAUCCAGACUGCUACAGUGAGUGGAAAUGUGAUUGUGAACACUGUUGCUGGGGUCCCUGCUGCCACCUUCCAGCCCAUCAAUAAACGUCUGGCCUCACCUGUUAUACCUGGGACCCUGACUACCUCGGGAGGCACGGCCACUGCCCAGGUGGUUCACAGCCAGCCCCGCGCGGCCGCGGCGCCCGCAGCCUCCACCGAGCUGGUGACCAUCGCCUCCACGCAGGGCGUGCGCGCCGUCACGUCGGUGACAGCCUCAGCCGUGGUCACCACCAACCUCACCCCUGUGCAGACCCAGACAAGGUCCUUGGUGACCCAGGUGACACCAGCUACACCAACAGUCCAGCUGUCAGGCAAAACCAUCACCCCUGCUCACUUCCAGCUGCUGAGGCAGCAGCAGCAGCAGGCUGCUCAGGUGCAGGUCCCACAGAUCCAGGCUCAGGCACAAGCCCAGUCUCCAGCUCAAAUAAAAACUGUAGGGAAGCUGUCACAGGAGCAGCUGCUCAAGUUACAGAAGCAGAAGCUGCAGCUCCCCCAGCAGCAGGCAGCCCAGCAGACCCAGCAAGGGGCACAGCAGCAAACAGCACAAGUGCAAGUACAGCAGCAGCAGCAAACCCAGCAGCUCACUGCUGUGACAGCCCCUCGUCCUGGCGCUGUCCUCACGGGCACCACGGUCACCAACCUGCAAGUGGCACGCCUGACUCGUGUUCCUGCUUCCCAGCUCCAAGCACAAGGACAGAUCCAGGCCCAGACUCCACAAGCAGCCCAGGUUGCUCUGGCAAAGCCUCCAGUGGUGUCUGUUCCAGCUGCUGUUGUGUCAUCUGCAGGAGUCACCACACUCCCUGUGACUGUGGCAGGCAUUAGUGUUGCCAUUGGGCAGCCACAGAAAGCAGCAGGAGGCCAGACAGUAGUUGCACAGCCACUGCAUGUCCAGCAGCUGCUGAAACUCAAGCACCACCAAGCAGCACAGCAGCAGAAAGCCAUCCAGCCCCAGGUUGCACAGGGACAAGCUACUGUGCAGCAAAAGAUAAAUGCUCAGCAGGUCACGGUCCAGACCCAACAGCAGACUUCACAGCAGCAAAAAGUAACUUAUGCUACACAGCCUGCCAUUAAAACCCAGUUCUUAACAACUCCAAUUUCCCAAACCCAGAAACCAGGUGGAACCCAGCAAGUGCAGGCCCAGAUUCAGGUACAGGUUGCAAAACUCCCACAAGUGGUCCAGCAACAGGCUACUGUUGCCAACAUUCAGCAGAUGGUUUCAGUUUCCCAACAGGUACAAGCUCAGCCCCAAACCGUGACCCUUUCUCAGACGACAGCAGGACAGCAGCAGGUUCAGGUGAUCCCUGCAACCACUGCCACUGCUCAGGUGGUGCAGCAGAAGCUGAUCCAGCAGCAGGUUGUGACCACAGCCUCUCCCCAGGUUCAGGCUCCAGGUGUACAGAACCCAGCCCAGACACCAGCAACACCUGAAGCCCAGAGUCAGCAAGCAAAAGUACAGAUGAGGACACCGACUGUCAGAUUAAAGGCACCUACUAAACCAAGCUGAACUAUUGCAAUAACAGAGAAACACAGGAUUUUGUGUUUGCUGAGACAAGUGAGAAGCUACUCUAAACAUCCAAAUGAAGAUAAAACACCUCUAUUUUUUUUUUUUGUAGCAGAAGGUUUCUUGCUGGUGAACAUUUAAACAUGAAAACUCACAUGUAACUUCAGUGUAUUAGCAACUGUUUAGCACUCAAACUCUGUACAAGAUGCAUUCUGCCUCUGUGUUCUCUGUGCUCAUUUAAACCACGUAAAGCAAGCAUUACUUAGGUUGAAAUUCUGCCCAGCUUCUCAAAAGUGAAAUGGUGAUCUGCCAUGAAUGUCAGUAAAAUCCAUCUGUGUUAAAAUACCACACCUGCCUGUGGGCAUGUGCAGCUCCUUGCUGUAGUUCAGUGUGUGCUCAGUACCCACAGUGAAGCCACACAAAAACCAGGUGUACCUGAUACUGCACAGUGUUACCCAUCUGUACAAAAGCUCUGUGGUGUUCUUCCCUGUGGUAAACACCCCUGGAAGAUCUAACACAGGCUUGAAGUGCUCCCUGCAAAGUUUAGCCAAUAAAUGUGAAAACCUGUAAGUAUAUGUAAUUAAAAAGGAAAAAAAAAAAAAAGGUUUCAUUCUCCAUUUUUGUAAGUCUUUUAAAAUGUUUGUUAGUAGUUUUUGUGUACAGUUUACUGAAUCACCCAACCUGUGUGCUCAUUCUCGUAUUUCACUUUAAAAUAAUGGAUAUUUUAGGCAUGAGCUGCGUAAAUACUGUGUUGAUAGUAAAUGUGUAUUAAAGUGUAGCCCAUUUUCUUUUUUUGUAAAAGAAUUGUUCAGUAGAUGCAGCUAAACAGAUGAUCCAUAGCUGUUUCUCAUGGGACUUCUGUCACAAAAAAUCUCCAGCUGAUAAAAUCGAAUCUCUCAGUUUCAUUCUGCUCUUGCAACAUGUUUAAAUGUUCAGUACUUUUUACACGGCUUUCAGCUUAGGGGGUGGGGAGGGCUGGGGGAAGGGGAGAAUAGUGAAAUUAAAUCUAAGACUUAAUUCUUCAACUGUGUAAAGAGUAAGAUCUAACUUUUGUACUAUUCUUUUACUAAAGCUAACAAUGAAUGUAUCUUCAGGUGGGUAUUUUGGAUGUGAAUAGAGCGUGGCCUCUUCCUCCGAAUCAGUUUGCCUUAUUGUUAUGGAGAAAAAAAAAAAGCAAAAAGCUGCAUAGAACUGUGGGGGGUUUCUUUACUUUUCUUGCAUACAAUGAAUAACAGAAUUUGCAAACAGCACUGAGUGAGGAAUCAAAAAGCCCAUGGUGGCUUGAAGGGAUUUAUUUUACUUUGGCCAUAAAACUGCACAAUGUGUAAAAUCCAGACAAAAUUACAACAUUCCUUUUCUGAGAUGGUUUUAAUAUUAUUUUUUCAUUCUGUGAUCUUUUUACUCUUUUAGGAAAGGAGCCUAUUUAAUGGCAAGGAAAGCAUAUCUUUUGUUUUUACCUCUGUAUGUCCACACUUGUUGGUACCUGGCAAUCCACGUGGCUUAAACAAGAAAGAAUUCUCAGCCAGCUCCUCUGUGUUAGUUGGGAUAAGUACAGCCAAUUCUGUUCAGAUCACAAAGUUAACAUUGGUUCAGGCAGCGUUCCUGAUUUUUUUAAUUUAUACCUCUUUUGUCCUGCAUACUUUUUUUCUUGGACCCUCAGGUGUACAAAUACAAGGGCAUUUAGGGUUUUUUUAAAGCUGUUUUUGCAUGCAGUAGUAUUCCCCUGACCCUGCUAACCCCUGGCGUGUGCCAUCCCCUAAACUUCCCUGCCAGCCAGGGAGCUGGCACUGCUGACAGCAGAGUAGGUUAAAUUGCAAAGCAGAUGCAGUGGUGAUGGAUAGUGACACUGUGUACAGUAUAGCCUUGCUCAUCCAGAAAUAUUGCUUAGGUAGCCCCAGUUUUACUUUUAAGUGUUUAGCUUUUAUGAUGUGCAUGAAGGUCGGGGUGGGGGGGAACAGUUCCAGCAGUGGGAGAGCUGUUGGCUACGUCGUUGUGCUGGUCUGAUUUGGUGUCUAAAGAGGCGAUUGUUUCUUGUUUAGGUCAGUUGAUGAAGAUAAAAAGUCACCAUUACUUUUUUUUCCUUCUAAUUAGUUUUUUCUUCCUUUCGGUGUGUCUUUCUCCCAGGAGUGUGUUAGGAAGUCAGCCUGUACAUAAGUGAUGAACAUUUGUACUCGCCCCAGUAGGAUGAUAAGGAAUAGUGCUGUAUCCUACCUGAAGGUGUAAUAAAGUGUACA